AUGGACUCAUCAAACCCCAUCCCGGUCAAAACUCAACUAAAGCGAGACCCUUCGACUCAACUCGACAUCAUCGUCGUGGGCGCCGGUCUGGGAGGCGUCGGCGCUGCCAUCUCACUCCUCCUCGCGGGCCACAAGGUCACGAUCCUCGAAGCCGCGGCCGAGAUAGCCGAGGUGGGAGCGGGCAUCCAACUCCUUCCCAACAGCUCGAGGGUCGUACAGUCCUGGGGCCUUCGGGAACGUCUCGAGCAGCACGCCACCAAACCUUCGCAGAUCAACAUCCUAGGAUGGAAAGGCAACAUCAUCUCGUCCAUGGACUUUGCCGAGAGCGCCCGUCCCUUUCCCGGUACGUUUUACUGGGACUUUCACCGCGCGAAUCUGCACAAAGUCUUGCUCGAACGGGCCGUCGAACUCGGAGCGGACAUCAAAGUGCAAUCGCGAGUCGUGGACGUGAGGAUAUCAUCAUCCGACAACAACGGCGACAGCGACAAUGCCGCAACAGCCACAGUAAUUCUCGACUCUGGCGUCGAGUACGUGGCUGAUCUCGUGAUCGGCGCCGACGGAAUCAACUCAUGUCUUCGAGAAGUUCUCCUUUCCCGUGCCGACCCUCCAACGCCCACUGGCGAUCUGGCUUACAGACUUCUCAUCCCGACCGAGCACAUGCUCACCGACCCGGAGUUGAGGCCCUUUGUCACGAACCCGCAGGUGAAUUACUGGCUGGGUCCCGACGCCCACGCCGUCAAUUAUGUGCUGCGUGGAGGCAAGUUGUUGAACAUGGUCCUCCUGGUACCUGACGACAUGCCGGUCGGUGGUGCCAACACUCUCGAAGGUAACGUCGAGGAGAUGCGUGCAUUGUUUAAAGAUUGGGAUCCAAGAAUACCAAAACUCCUGGCACUUUGCGAAUCCGUCUACAAGUGGCGUCUCCAGAUCCGAGUCAGCGACGAACCCUGGUCCCACCCUUCUGGAGCUUUCACCAUGUUGGGUGACGCCGUGCACGCCACCCUACCUUACCUCGCUUCAGGUGCCGGUAUGUGUCUGGAAGACGCCGCCGUCCUGGGGGAGUUGUUCUCUCGGGCGCCCGACCCGAAAUCCUCUCCGAAGGUCAAAAGACAACUCCUCGACAUUUACGAAAAGUGCCGCAAGGACCGGACGGCCAUGAUCGUCAAACGCGGCAACCUGCAACAAUACCUCUACCACCUGCACGACGGCCCGGAACAGCGAGAGCGGGACCGGGCCAUGGUGGCCAUGGAGGAAGGUGAGGCUUUGGCCUGGAGAGAUUCGGGACUCGCCCCGAAACUGUUGGGCUAUCAGGCCGAAAAGGAUGUCGAUCAGUAUUGGCCCCCUCCUUGCCUAAGGAACCAAGCUCAAGAUCAAGACGGAGAAUUCGUUCAGAGUCGACUAUGAAGAACGAGUGCGACGACAAGCGGAGAUCACGGCGACCACAGAAGAAGAUUUCUUGCAUUGGAAUUAACCCGGCCUGGUGUUUUGUCCAAUGCCCGGACCAUGACUAUACCUGAACAUGCUCCAUCUAAGCUAUACGCAAUCUUGCUACUACUGUACCUAUAGUUUAAAG